AUGGACAUAAUCGACAGUCUGGAGCCGGAAGAAACGGCGGCUCAUAUCUCGGAAAACGUGUCUGAGGAGCUUCAAGGCAUUCAGGAACCUAGCGAGAAGCGGCAGAACUAUUCGGGAGCUUCGGACGAACUUAUUCUAGAAAAACCAACAGCCGAAACUCAUUCGACAGUUGCUGUAAGCCUAAAAAAAAAUACUUUGAGAAUUCAGAAUGAGUUUUGCAGCAAUACUUUGAAUCAAUUGACCUUGCACACCCAUCAACAUCCAACUUAGCUGUUUCGCACAUUUUUCAACCGAAUGGUAUAAUUAUGCUUUCUUAUUCAACGAAAAGCGAAUAAAUUCAGGAAAGCACCAAUCACACAAUCAAGCUCAUUCGUCUGUACAAAAUAUGAGCUCGUUUAGUUCCAAAAAUCAAGUAAACCGUUUGAGAGCUCACAGAAACACUUCAAGCGCCAUUGCAGAAGCUGCGCAGAAAAAUGGAAUGCAAACUGUGAAUCGGGUAACUGUUUUUGCUACAUUUAUUAUGAGAACUGCCUCUUUUCAGUCAGGUUCUCGCUUUGUCGUCCCAAUUUCCAUGCAGGCGCACCCCACUCCGAUAACUGAUCGAAUUUUAGAAGAAAAAGACGAUAUUCUAAGUCGUGAGUUUAUUUUUGGCGUUGUUUGAACGAUUAAGUCGAUUGACAGAGCACGAAGCAUUUCCGUAUUGCUGCCAUUGCCAUUCGAUCUUCAAAACAUGGCGGGGAUUCGAAUACCACGUGCUCCGAAUCCAUAUAAAGUAGUUCCUAACCUUUCUCAAAUCGAGCAUCUCUGCUUUUAAGAUACCGUGCUUUCCGCUGUUAUCAUUGCCAAAAAGAGUGCUUUUUCACCGAAGAGGAAGGACGGUUUCAUCUGAGCACUCAGCAUCCAAAUGAAGUAAUCAUGGUAAAGAUAUUCAGUUUUUUAAAGUUUUCAACACACAUUCUUCUUUUAGUUGUUGAAGGAUUACGAUUUGGCGAAGGAAACCGCCGCUCAUAACGCUUUUCGACAUAUUUUUCUCAUGUGCCGGGAUGGAGUGAGUUUGCGAAAUAGUUGGCCACAAAUCCUCUUUCUUUCAGCCAGAAGUAACAAGGGAACGAAUUUUCGAGUGGGAAUCCGAAGCCGCCCAACAGGUAAUGAAGUUCCAGUACUUGAGAUUCAAGCGGCCGGUUGUUCUUACCAAAAAGCUGUAUGUUUUUAUGUUCUCAGUCCCGCUCACGGUGCGUUUUAAUUUUUAGGCCUUGUUUCACUAAAGAAGCUCAAACUGAUCUGACCAAUAUGCACAUUAUGGUUCAGCCGAUGGUCACCCGCUCCGGUCGUCUAUUCCAGAACGUUCCUGUGGUAAUAUCUCGAUAUCUCUGCAUUGAUUAACUCUGCCCAGUCGUUAAUAUUUCAGGAGUUUCACCACGCCGCGCCGCGUGCCGAGUAUUCCUCCGACCGACUUCCGGCCACUACUCGUCCCCGAUCCACUGCCACGCAGCACGACGAAGACCCGAGGGACCGAGAGAAGGUAUUUCCGAAUAAAGAGAUGCCAUCUCCGUUUGUUUUUUUUUCAGAGAGUCGCAGCUUUGAUGCACGCCGUCACCUCGUCUCACGACUAA